AUGUCGCGUCCGUUCACUCACUGCGGAGUCACUCACGAUUACGCCGGGCCGCUGAUUUUGCGCGAGACAAAACGGCGUUACUUCCGGAAUCACAAGGCAUAUGUAGCCAUUUUUGUGUAUUUCGCCACCAAGGGCGUGCACAUAGAGCUCGUCAGUGACCUCACUUCCGAAGCAUUUAUCGCUGCGCUCAAACGACUCGUGUCGCGAAGGGGGAAGCCACUGUGCUUGUAUUCGAAUAACAGCACUAACUUCGUCGGAGCACACCGACAGAUCAAAGAAUUUUAUGAUCUCUUACACAAUGAGCAAUUGCAGGGCGAAGUCGAAGGUUUCCUCCGCGAGCAAGGUACUUCUUGGAAGUUCAUCCCACCUAAUGCACCGCAUUUCGGCGGUUUGUGGGAGGCAGCGGUGAAGUCCGCCAAAUAUCACCUUAAUCGCAUCGCAGGUAAAGCGCACUUAACUUUCGAGGAGAUGCAGACGGUGUUAUGCGAGAUCGAGGCUAUUUUGAACUCGCGUCCGCUUACGCCUUUAAGUACUGAUCCAAACGACCUGGUCUUUCUGAGUCCAGGUCAUUUCUUGGUUGGCACCACCUUGAAUAGUUCCCCUGGCGAAGAUUUAUUCGAUGUGAAUGAGAAUAGGUGGAGCCAUGAAUGUUUAAAUUCUCUCCAAGAAAAGUCCAAAUGGCGAUGCAACAAGGGCGAGCAACUGAAGCCGAAUCAGCUGGUCUUGCUUAAGCAGCAGGGACUAGCGCCGCUACAAUGGCAGUUAGGGCCGAUAGAGGAAGUCCAGGCAACGUUCCGACAACGUAGCACGAACCGCCACUAUCAGGGCUACAAAGGGCUUGAUUACCAUGCCCUUAUCCAGAAUUGCCAUACUACCGAUAAAUACAUAGCGCUCAUUGUAAUCAGGGGCAGCUAA